AAACGUAGAGAAAGAAAGCAGAAGAAGAAGCAGUGGCCUAAACAUGUUCCUCUGACGGAUUAACGCUGUGUGUCGGUGAUCCCUCAUUCAUCUCCUCAACACAAGCCAAUUUUCCCCCUUAAUUUUCUGGAUCGAUCUGAUCGGAUCGGAGAGGAGAAAUGGCGGCAUCGAGGCGGCUUCGGAAUCUGCAAUCGCAGCCAGGGAACAAGAUCUGCGUCGAUUGCUCGCAGAAGAAUCCGCAGUGGGCGUCCGUCUCCUAUGGCGUCUUCAUGUGCUUGGAGUGCUCCGGCAAGCACCGCGGCCUCGGCGUCCACAUCUCCUUCGUCCGAUCUGUCACUAUGGAUUCAUGGUCCGAGAUCCAGAUCAAGAAGAUGGAGUCCGGCGGCAACGACAGGCUCAACGCCUUCCUCGCUCAGUACGGCAUCCCUAAGGAGACCGACAUUGUCACCAAGUACAACACCAACGCCGCCUCUGUCUACCGCGACCGGAUUCAAGCCCUAGCCGAAGGCCGUCCGUGGGGGGACCCGCCUGUUGUCAAGGAGGCUCUCAACAAGAAGCCGCCUUUGGCUCGGAAUAACGGCGGCGGCGGCGGCGGCGGUGGAGGUUGGGAUAGUUGGGACAACGACGAUGGAUUUAGAUCGUCGACUGAUAUGCGAAGGAAUCAGUCGACGGGGAAUGUGAGAGGCGUUAAUAAUGGCGGCGAAGGAGGAUUGCAGCCAACGAGGUCGAGAUCGACGGAGGACAUCUACACGAGGGUGCAGUUGGAGGCUUCGGCGGCGAAUAAGGAGGGCUUCUUUGCGAGGAAGAUGUCGGAGAACGACUCUCGACCGGAGGGGCUUCCGCCUUCGCAAGGCGGAAAGUACGUAGGGUUCGGAUCGAGCCCCGCGCCUUCUCAGAGGAAUAAUAAUACCGAAACGGAUGUCUUUUCUGUUGUUUCUCAGGGUUUUGGUAGAUUAUCUUUGGUUGCCGCAUCUGCGGCUCAGUCGGCUGCGAAUGUGGUUCAAGCAGGCACAAAGGAGAUCACAUCUAAGGUAUAA